UUGUGUCUGUGUGUUGAGACCUGCCUGCCUUGGAGUUCACUUCACAGACUUUAAACGCGAACUAGGAACGACACCUCUACCCACACAAAACGACUGGGCGCAUCAGUCCGCAUCAGGCUGCGUUCAGAACAACAGUUCACCUGCGUCCGAAGCUCUGAACACUCUCUGCUCCGUUCGGGAACACGACUGUACCCUACCCAAGACAAGUCCCCGCUCUUUCUUUCUCAAAGACUGGAGCGAUGGAUUCAUUUUUGACAAUUACUGCUGCCCUUCUACUAGUUGGGUUUCUAUCUUCGACUGCUUCCAGACAGUUCGACACUGAAUGUUACACAGCCAAUGGAGGGGACUACAGGGGCUGCCAAAACCAGACAAGCCUCCUUGGGGGCAAGCCAUGCCUCUUCUGGAAUGAGACCUUCCAGCACCCCUACAACACCCUCAAGUACCCCAAUGGAGAGGGGGGUCUUGGCAGCCACAACUACUGCAGGAACCCUGAUGGUGACGUCCAGCCGUGGUGUUACAUCGCUGACCACGAAGAAGGAAUCUACUGGAGAUACUGUGACAUCUCCACCUGUCAGAUGCCAGGUAACCUGGGCUGUUUCAAAGACAGUGGAGACCCUCCCACCCUGACAGGGAGCAGUGAGACCUCCAACAAACUCACCAUCCAGAACUGCAUCAGCUUCUGCCGCAAACAGAGAUACAAGCUAGCUGGGAUGGAGUCGGGUUACGCCUGUUUCUGUGGCAACGACCUGGACCAGCAUCACCAUGGCAAAGCACCCAGUAUGGAGUGCAACCAUGUGUGUUUUGGUGACCACACCCAGCCCUGUGGAGGAGAUGGAUGGGUCAUCAUCUUCGACACUCGUGUUGGGGCGUGCGGGGGUAACUACUCUGCUCCCUCUGGGGUGGUCUACUCCCCUGACUUCCCUGAUAAGUACGAGGCAGGGAGGGUCUGCUACUGGACUGUCCAGGUACCUGGAGCCUCCAUGAUCCUGUUCAACUUCACCUUCUUCGACAUCUCGGACCAGACAGACAUGGUGGAAAUGCUGGAUGGCUAUACCACCCAGGUGUUAGCACGGUUCGACGGUCGCAACUCGCCCCAGGACCUGGUCAACGUCACUGGAGACUUUGUCAUCCUCUACUUCUACUCAGACCACACCAACCAAGCACAGGGCUUCUCUGUCACAUACCAAGCGCUGAGAGGCCUGGACACCAGACCUAUGGAUGAGGAUGAGAAGGAAGAUGAGGACACUAGUACAGUGAAGCCUCUGCUUAACGGCGUAACGGAGAAGUCUAACGGGAGCGAUAACGGACGUUCCUCUCAAAUCCUCUAUGUGAUAACGUCCAGUCCCGGUAAACCAGACCACAACAUGCCAGGUCAGUGGGCCGGACCCAACGGGACCAACGGACACACCUCUAUGUGGACCAUCUACGCCCUAGCUGCACUCCUGACUCUGACAGUCAUAGCCAUGGUGGCUAAACUACUACUGCAUAUUACAGUGAAGUCUCCCAACAUCCCGACCAGCAGUGGUUCAGAGAGUUGCAGCGUGCAGAGUGCUGCGUCCGAGCCCUGGAUCAUCUUCUACCGGCCCUCCACCAUCUCCCUCUUCAAGAAGAAGCUAAAGAACCACCAUGGAGACCUCAGCCCUCUGGUGGGCAACUAGCGAACUGCAGUCUGGUCUACUAACAUCAUCACCAUCAUGUACCAGGGCCUAGCGUACCAGAGCUAGUUAUAGAGCUAGCCCCUCUACCAAUGAGACUCUAUGGGGUACUGAGCUACAAAGCUAACAUAAUCACUAAUGACUGAUUCACUGACUCACUGAGUGACUACUACCAAAUGGCCCAAGAGCCAAGUCCCUAAAGGGGAUCCAGACAGGGCUGUCUGUGUCUGCUGUGUACAAGGCAGGAGAGGAGGGCAGCUAUACAGUGUGAGGUGGAUGUUUUACUGUAGGGAACUCAUCUUCUAUGGGUUCCACUUCCAUUGUCCAUGGAUGUCUGAGAGCAUUGCAGUCCUCCUCUAGAGACAAGGGUUGGCUGGGGCCAAAGCAAGCAGUUUCCAUAGGACUCCUCCAGAAUGCAGGCCUUUCAUUGUAACUGUGUGCCGGUGGGGCACAAAAUGUCUGACAAUCUCUCCAAAUUCGCUAACCUGCGAACAACUGAGGGAGCCAUGCAUAUAUUCCCUAUCAUAGGUGUAGGUGUCUCACAGAACAAGGUGUUGGAUCACAAGGUGUUGGUGUUGGAUCACAAGGGGUCAGAGCAAUGCCUAGAUUCAAUCAGAUCAAGCGUUAAACAGCAAUAUCUGAUGUUUUGGUGGUGUCAGAGGUGUAACUGUUGGAGCAGUCAAAUCGGUUAGCAGGUGCUCUUGAUCAUUGUCACAAAGCCACACCCGCAGCUCACGUUAGAAGUUCAGAACGAGAAAAUGUAGGCUGUCUAGAAAUAAUGACACUCAAAUUAAAAAUCGUUAGACGAAGAAAGCGUCAUCGAGGUGUAGAUUACAACUCACAUUCCAGUGUUCGAACUUGUAGAGAGGGCUACUUGGGAUUUCUCUUAAUGCGACUCCGCGCAGCCAAUGGCAAAGUCCGCUUUAGGUAUAAUGCCAGGAGCCACUUGUGGAUUUGAAUGUUCUAAAGCAGUUCCACCACCGACACUGCUAUCUCUUCCACAACGCCUCUGGAGGAAACUGUAUCAAGAGUCUCUUCCAUGGCCACUGGUGGAUGAGGGAUGUGGUUUCAUGAAACAACUGCCGUUCAAAAGAGUGUUUGAAAUGCUCAGAGGUUCUCUCUCAUCCGCUCAGCUGUGGUUCUUAUCUUUCUGGUUGAACUAUGUUUAAGUGCCUUAAGGAUCUUAAAGAAGCCUGCUAUGGCUUCUUUCCCUCUCCCCUCCCCCUCCCCCCCCUUCUCACUGUCUUUGAGUCUAUUGCUUGUGGUUCCACACCCUAUGAGAGACUAUGUCGAUGGGAUUUACUGUAGCGUGGGCGAGACUUGGGAAAAAGGUUUGCUUCAUUUUUGUAUCUUUUUCUUUCUGUGUGCUCUUAUGCGUAGUCUUCUUGGACAUUACCGAACAUAUUGCUAUCGUUAUGUUGCCAUUUGAUUACAAGGAGGGGGUAAAUUGUGUUGUAUAUUGCGUAAUUCAAUGUGGGGGAUGAUGAUGAUGACAUAUGUCCUGCUCUUUCAUUUUGUGUCUCGGCAAAGCAAUGGCAAAAUCCUUCAAAGUCGUUUUUGUACUUACUCAUCAACUGCUACUUAGCUCGGAGGUUGGAGCACAUUUUUUUCCCCCCCUGUCUUCAGCAGCAGAUUCAUUCCCACAUUCAGAGGGCUCACGAGACCCAAACAACCUCUCUCAACUUACAGCUAAAGCACAAAUAAUAUGGAAUGAGUGAAUGAAACUACUCGUGAUGGUCCACUGUGGAAGGCAAACGACUGUUGCAGUCCGGCGUGUUUCUGUGAGCAUUGAGGACACGUUAUAAGUUAACAAUGCAUUAAUGUGCCCCUUGAAUACAGCAGGUUGGAAUUCCAUAAAGAGAGGUUGAACCAUCGAUGAAAUAUAUGUUAAUAUAUAUUACAUUAUACUGUAUAUGUAUAAUAAUGUUAGAAUUCUAUUUCUAUGGCUUUGUUUUUCCCAACAAUCUCAAACCCAGUGAAAGCUGAUUCAUCUGGUCCAAACGUCAAUGCACUUACAUUUGCCUCUACUUGUAUGGUGACAGAUAAAUAAUACUGAAAUCCAAUUUGGCUCUUAUUUGCUCUCGAAACCAAAACCGUUUGAAACUGAUGAUAGGAGAUUUGCAAAGUGCAAACUUGACAUUGAGAGCACUUGCAACAAAAGAUUAGAUAGGUAGAUUACAUUUUAGGUAGUGUAACUUGGUCAAAAAAUACUUUAAUUUCACCUCAUUUUAACAUUCUGUCAUAAACAGCACAUGUUCAACUACAUAAAACAACAUGUUUUCCCACCCCAAGGGGUAUUUUUGUUUUACUAUUGUAAGUACCAAUAAAGUACCAUUAAAGUAACAGAGUUGUAUAUACACUAGAUGAUACUCUCCAUUUUGGCACUCCCCCACUUUUGUAAAAAAAAUAUAUAUUUUGGAAGCUAUGGAAAUGCAUUUAUUAACAUCUACAUUUGUUUUUGUCACAUUUAUUAUUAUUUUAAUUUGACAUAAAAUUAUGUUUGCUAAACAUAAAAAUUCCAAAUGAAUAAAUAAAUAAAAACAUUUUCCUUAAAGUA